AUGGGUAGCACUUGCUCCCUGAGCCUCUUCCUUGCUGUCAGCAUCAGCCAGGGGGACUCCAGCUGGGCAAGGCUGAAGGGGAGAGCCCACAAGCACAUUGUCUCCACCGUCUACCUCAGCUGGGGGGUCUCCUUCCUGUUGAGCAUUAUGUUUCUUAUGUACAUGACUGGACCCAAAGUGCAUGACAACAUGACGAGCUUAAAGUCCUAUGGAUACUGUUCUUCCAUGUGUCACAAUCCAGCUGCUGCUGUGCUGCACAUGGCCAUACUCUCGGGGCCUGAUAUUCUGUUUCUGGGGCUCAUGCUCUGGGCCAGCACCUCCAUGCUUUUUGUCCUGUACAGACACAAGCAGAAAAUGCGGCACAUCCCAAGGACCAGUGUCUCCACCAGAGCCUCUCUCCAGUCCAGAUCCAUCAUAAACAUCCUCCUCCUGGUGAGCGCCUUUGUCUUCUUUUAUACGGUGUCCUUCAUCUCUCAGAUUUGCUUGUCUGUGAUUUACAACCCCAGCCCUGUGCUGCACCAUAUGGCAGCAUUUGCUAUGGGCUGUUUCCCAGCCCUCAGCCCUUUCCUGCUCAUGAGCGGACACUCCACUCCCUGCAGUGUCCUCUUCACCUGCACAAAGAAGAAACAGGUCUUCCCCUGA